CGCGAAACACACUUCGGCGCGUGGAGGAUCGAAUUGGAUCUUCUUCUCCCAAAAACAAUAAAACAAUAGAAUUUGCGGAACACCGUUUGAUCAUUGAUAUAUUGUGGUGGGGCAGCCCCUCACAUCAUAAAUUUAAUUGUGUYCGACGUCGAAUACAUUGUACCGUAGUAAUCAUUCGUUUCAGAACAACAAGCAUGAAGGUUUUAGCUCAAGCGCUUAUCGUGGCCCUGUCCCUCUCUCMAGCAGAUGGUAGGUGAACGAGACUGCGGGUUUCUGCAAUCCAGGAAGGAUGUUUUUCCGCGAGUUGUCGAACGACUGUAUUAUUCAAUGGUGUUUCAUUCCACGCACCUCUAUCUCAUUUUCUUCGUUGCAUUCCCUUUUUUAGCCGUCCAGCAGCAAGCUGACAUCUACUAUCACGAGAAAGCUGCGUUGGGUCCAUCCAUGUGGCUUUUCAGCCCGGAUGGUCUCACCAUUUACUCUCCGAAGGGAGAUGUUUUGAAAGAACACCCAAAGAAGAUGCUUUGUCCGUCUACUGUCAGGUGGGACGGAACUCCUAGCGAUGAUUGCUACUACUUCUCGUAUGCUUCAGAUGGUCACAAAUACGUCUGGGCCGGAUCUAUGGCCGGCGAUCACCACGUCCAGGCGUUUGACAUCGAUACAGGCGACUAUGCCGGGUACCUGGAUACCUGCAGCACUCCCCUCGAUAUGGAGUACCAUCCCGUCCGCCAAGAGAUGUACRUCCGAUGUGCCCAAGARGACACCGACGGGGGCAAUCCCGGCGAGAUCGACGUCUUUUCGUCGGCAAGCCUCAGCAGCGAUUUGCCCAUGGUCAGUUUCAACGCCACCAGGCGYCCGUACGGACGCUUAGCGAUUCACUCGUCGWUGGGGCCCUUCGGCUACAGYCUCGCGUACGACCAGGGCUACAUUACCGAGCUGGAUCUUUCUUCCAAGACGGUUUCGGGCACGUACGAAAUCCCCGAUGCCUAUGGAGGCUAUGACACGGCCUUUUCGCCCGUCAACAAGCAUCUGUACUUUCGAUCCCGAGUCUGCUGCACCUGUAGCUCGGAAGAAAACGUUAACCCCGAUCCCGAUGUCGCUUCGUGCGGUCGUGGUGGGUCCAACGUCACGGUCACGACCGGUCCAUCGAAGAGCGACGACAUCCAGUUCGGCGUUUGCUCCGGCUCGUGCGAGGGCUCACGGGCGGACACCAUCGGAGUUGUCGAAUUCGAUACCGUGAACAAGGUGAUUGUCGACACCCACAACAUCAAGGAAGGCACCGGCUGGGGUGCAGAUGUGGUUGCGUCUCCGGACGGAAAGUGGCUCGUCAUGCUCGGAAACGAUGGUGGACAAAACAUCCGCCUAAUGCAAGCAGGAAAGAAUGGAGAAUCUUCGGUGCGUAUGAAAAAAUUUUGCAAUUCUAGCGAAAAAAGACCCGCUAUUGAGUAUGGACGAAACAGAUUGGAUAAAGCUAACUGCUCUUUGCUUUGCUUUGUUUUGUUUUUGCGGCAUAGAAAUCUUCUGUUCGUGAUAUUCCCGUGAAUUUUGAAGGAGGCACUCCGGGGAAAACCGUUGUGUCCGACGUUGCCUUUGUUCAAGAUGGCAAUCGCGAGAUUCUCGUUAUUGGAGCUAGCACCGACAACGACGUUGUCUUGGUGGACCUGAAGACGUUUAAAACUCGAAAGCUCGACCUGGCUCCCAACGAGGUCGAAUCUACCGGAGGUGGUGCACGCUACCUAGAAUGGGCGGUUGGUACCGACUACGUCUGGGUCAACGGAGGCGAAGCGGAGCACGCCUAUGUUCUCAAGAUUCCUGGAGGCAUCGAUAGCGCUUCCGUGGAUCGCCAAAUCAAUGGCGUUCGUUCCGGAAACAUGCUCUUCGUGAACAACUACGAGAAAAUCAGAGCCAUGGCCCUGGCACAGGGUCUGGUUGCCUCGUCGUCGGUUGGAUCAUCGGCAGYUGGUUCCAACGACCUUGCCAUGCUUUCUGGAGCCGACGGAACGGCCUUUUUGUCGGCAAGUUCUGCCGCAAGCGCUUCGAGCGAUGGUGAUUCCGGCAACGCACUCGCCGUCGUGGGCGUUGUGCUGGGUGCCCUCGGCCUCGUUGCGGGGCUCGGGGCCCUCCUUCUUGUGACGAACCAAAAGAACGCCCAGCCGGUGCCACCGAAGAGAGACGACGUCGAAGAAGCCAUGGAUGUCAAGACCCUCGGAAGCAAGCGUGUUAAUUAGCUUUUGUCUCUGCUUCUGGCUGUUUUUGAUUCGAUAAUGUACUAAAUAAUAAAAUACCUU